AUGGCUUUCCAAGACCACAUGUCGCAAGAAAUGGGCUUCCAGCCGCCGCUCUCCGCGGCCUCCGCAGGGCCUUCGUGGCUGAACAGCGCCGUCCUCCGCCGCGGCGACGGCAGCGACAGGAGCGAGAACGACAACAACAACAACAACCACCACAACCACGGCGGCGGAGGUGGGGAAGAUGAGCUUCUGGACGGCGGCGGGGGAGUGGGGGAUUGGGAGAGGGCGAAAUGCAAGGUAACCGAGUGGCGCUGUGGCGCGGAGAAGACAGAAGGCCGAUGGCGGCGGCGGGGGCCACGGCGGAGGUUGCUGCGGGGAAGGGUUUGCGGCGGCGGACUCUCGCUGGCGGCGAGGACUGGUGUGGGCGUCGAUGCAGAGAAGGGAAGGGAAGGAAGAAGUUUGAUUCUGCAAAUUGGAGAAGGAAGACGAAGUCGAAGUCGAAUUAGGGUUUUGGUGAAACGCUGA